GAACAAAUUGCACGCGAGAAACAAGUAAGUGGGCGUGUCCAGUUGCAAGUAUGGUAUAAUGCUGAUCGCAAUGAAUUAGUUGUUUCUCUAAUGGCCGCCGAUGAUUUGGCACUGCGCGAUGAAGCCUACGGGCAUGGUAAUUUGCCAGAGGCUUACGCCAAAGUACGCAUUCUACCCAAAUGCGGCGAUGGUAGUGUGCAGCAAACCGAAGUCAGUCAUCCGACACAAAAUCCCAUUUGGAAUGCAACACUCUCAUUCCAGCACGUGAAUGCCGACAGCCUCAUGGAUCGCUACAUUGACAUACAGUUGUGGGAUCUCGUACCGCACACCGAGUCCAUAUUUCUGGGCGAAUGCAGUGUUGAAUUGCAACAGGCCUUUCUCGAUGAUCGUGCCAUCUGGUGUCGACUGGAGGAUUCCAAGGGGCUGCGCGGCAUCAGCAUGUCAAAAUCGCCGAGCGUCUCACCGCGCGGUUCCAUUGCCGCCGGCUGUCCGGGCGGUGAUGUGUCACGUCUCCUGCGACGCGAUUACAAUAUGCAACGUUCCAUAUCGGACGAUGUCGAUUCGAUCGGUGAUGGCGCCACACUACUACAUCCCGAUCACGCUUGGGUGGCUGGUUCACGGCGUGGUUCCUCGCAGUCGGAGACGCUCGAGGUGGAGGUGUAUCAAUUGGGUAAAGAUUUUUCACGUUCCCUACCGGGUUCCCGUCGUUCAUCCUUUCAAGAUCCGGAUAAGAUACGCGAAGAGGAUGCGAUGCAAACACCACCGGCAUCAUAUUAUGUGGGUCGAAGACGUUCAUCUGUGGCUCGUCGUGAUCCCGAUGAGAUAUUAAAAUCAUUGAAAGCUGUACGUGGUGAAUUGGGACGGGCAAUGAGUUUGGGCACGGAAAAACAAACUGGACGACCGGUUUCAAGACGCGCCAGUCGUGUUGGCUUACCCAGCAAUCCGAGCAGCCGCAAGGGUUCUAUACUGGACAUUUCACAGCAGCAGCAGCAGCAGCAACAGCAGCAACAGUUACAAUACCAGCAGCAACAACAACACCAGCAGCAACAGUUACAACACCAACACCAACACCACCAAUUGCCGGUGGGUAUUGGUAAUGCAGCGACCAGUCCACCCUCAGACGAGGAGAACAAACAAUUUACGCCACGCUGGAAGGGUUCCAGCACCAAUUUGCGUCCACAAAGCAGCAAGCAAGCAUUUUCUGCGCUGAAGCAAGCCUCUUCGGCCACGAAUGUAGCCGCGCAGGGACCAAGCGGCAGCGGUAGUGCCAGCGGCAGUUUGCUCAAUGUCGGUACCGAUAGCCCCAAGCAGCUCCGUAAGGGUAGUAUGAUUAAUUUGAAGGCAACUGAAAGCACACUCGCACCGGUCACAAUGUUGCAGCGUAAGGGCAGUGUUUACACACACGCCGCCACAAAUGAGCGUGACACCAACAAUGCUGGCAGCAGCGGUUCAUUGCAACGCAAAGGUAGUGUUUUCGUCGGUGCCGGCGCUACAGCACGCGCUACAGAGGCAUCAGAGUCAGCGCUCAUACGCAAGGGCAGUAUGUACAAUGCCAGCACCAGUGAUAGCCCGUCCAUGUUGCGCAAGCAGAGUAUUGCACCGCAUCACGCAAGCGUUAAGAGCUUGAGUCAUGGCAGUCAUGCCGGUAGCAUGAGCAGCCUAACAUCCACGACGGCUACAAUAGUCGCCACAACUGGUAUCGAUACGGAUUAUGGACUCAAAAUGGGACCGGGGCAGAUACAUCCGAAGGGUUACCGGCUGACGACGGUGCGACAUGGCGAGCUGCAAAUGGGAUUUGCGAAAAUCAAAGGCACCGUGGAAGUGGAGGUGAUACGUGCACGCAACAUAGUGCCCGUGGACUGUGAAACACCACCGGACACAUAUGUGAAAUGUUAUGUCAAGGAUGGCGAUCGACUGCGGCAUAAGAAGAAGACACGCGUGGUGCGGCACUCAGCCGAGCCAACGUACAAGCAGACGCUCAAGUAUCAGAGCGCCGACGUUUUCGGACGCAAUAUUGUCAUUAUGGUCUGGCAACGUUGCGUCGGCUUCGAGCACAAUCAAGGCUUGGGUGGCACAGAAGUGAAUUUGGACAAAAUAGAUGCAGCACAGCGCAUCGGCGGUUGGUAUCCACUAUUUCCGAUGCAUUCGUUAGGCGGAUCCGAUUCGGAUAAUUCUCCUUGACCGAUCACGCGACGCAACCACAACGCAUAUACUAUAUAUAAAACAUUGAACAAUAAUAUAAAUGACACCA